UCCUAUGGGUAUUUUCCAUGCUUUUCACUGUGAAUAGAUGUAAGCUUUAGCUGAAAAAAACUUAGAACUGGUUUAAUUUUAUGUAAUCUUUUCUUUGUAUAUAACUUGAAGUUUUUCAGUUAUAUAAACUGAAACUAAGGUUAUAUAACUUGAAGUUUUUCACGUACUUGAAAUUAGUCUUCAGUUGUCACUUUUGUAUUUAUUUCCUCUGGCAAGGCAUGCAUCAGAGAAAUGAGUGAACGAGAAAGCGCUUUUGAAUCCCAAGCUAACUACUAUCACCCGGCCACGAGGAAAUGGGUACAAGGAGUGUUUACUCUUAGUAAAAACAAUAUUCAGUUUGUUAGUGAUAAUAAAGACAAUGAUCAACUGCAUUUACAUUUGCCAUUAAAUACCAUUUCUGCAAUAGAAAAAAAGCUAUCUAGUUUCAUUUAUCCAUCAAUUGUGGUUACAGUUGGCAGUGAGAAACAUUGGUUUUCAUCUUUCUGUAACAGAGAUUUGACAUAUAACAUGUUAGAACUCUUUUGGCGUGACAAGCUCUUUAUGCUGCAAUUUAAAUCUCCGAGUACACCAAAAGUUGCAACAACUGAUCUUGGCAAAGAACUUCUUGAUUCCUUAUAUGAAUCAGAAUGCAUUUUAAUUGAAACUGCUAAUGUUUUGCUGGAUCAAAGUCAACAACUUGAUAACACUCAAGAAGCUGUUGAAAAUUUGAAUGAUAAUCUUAAUACUUUGGAAGCAAAUUUAAAAUCUCUUGACAUGGUAAAAACUUUUGUAAAAAUAGGAUCAUUAAAAGAUUCUGAGCAUGCACAAGAGUUUGUUCAGCAAAUUAAAAGAUACAAGAUAAUGUUUUCUUUCUCAAAAACCACGGAUAACAAGGACUGGAGAAAGGGAAUUCUUGUCAUAAGUGAUGAUAUUUCUCUUUUAAACGAAGAUGGACUGACAGAAAUUCAAAUUGCUCUGAAUGAAUUAGAAUCAUUAAAAGUAUUAACUCCUUGGGAAAUGUGUAUUACUGGUAAUACUGCUGAAUCCAAGAAAACAGGCUUCAUUAUGUGCCCACAACUUUCCAGAUUCCUCAAACAUUUAUCAGGGAAUUCUAAGAUCAAAGAAAAAAUUAUUUGUUUGGAUAACAAUUCUAAUUCCAAUCAAGAUGAACCAUGCUGCAGCAAAUCUUGUGGCUCUAGUGAAAGCAGCAAAUCUCCUGAUCUCUGUUCAACUGAUGAUAAGAUUAAAAUUACACCAGCAAGUGAAUCAGUGCAAGAUGGUGUGUUAUCAGAAGAAGAUGCUCAAGCAAUAGCAGACUCUCUAAAUACAGUACAAAGGUUAGCAGCUGAAAUUAAGGUAGAAGAACAGAAGCAGUUAGAGAAGUUGGACUUGUUGAUAAAUGAUAUGGCUAAGACAGAACUGAGGCUAAAAACACAUGAGAAAAAAAUAAAGAAAUUGUAAUUUCAACGAAAAGCAACAGGACCAUAAAUAAAAAUUUGGAGAUAAUCAGAACAAAUGGUAGAAGUACCUCUCAUUUUGGGGCAAGGGAUAACACUAGUAGCCAUGGCGGGUGCUGCUAUACAGCAUGAUUUUAAAAAAUAUUUCAAUGAAAGCUUACCUAGGAUCUGAACUUGAAAUACAUUUUAUUUAAAAUUAUAAAAACUCUAUUUACAUCCCUUUGCUUUUCACUGUCUCAUAUUAUCUGUUAAUAGGCAGUAGAGCAGUUAGGGUUUCCGAUCCUGAAUUUGGCACGAUUAUUUGCAGGAUGGA